GACUUUUGUGGUUUAUUUUUAAUAUAUUCAGAUUGCAUGUCUGAGGUUUUCGGUUGCAUUUGUUACUCAUUACGUACUAUACAAGUAAUUACUUAUUUAAAAAAUAAUCACAUUCUGUAAUCAAUUACCAUUAUCAGAUGUUUAUUAAAGUUAAUAAUGUAAUUAAAACAAAAUGCAGUGGCAUUAUUUGUGCAUUUAUUAUUUCACAAGUCUAGCGAUGGCUGUACUGUGGGUGACCGUUUUCGGUAGUGUUUUACUUUCAGCAGUAUGGGGUUUUGGUUUACCAGCCAGUACUGGAGAAAAUUAUGGUAUCUAUGGUGGACAUGAAAUUAGUAUCGAAGAAGCCCCCUAUAUGGUGGGAAUAUACGCCAGCACAUUCUUGUAUUGGGUAUUCAGAUUUAAGUGUGGAGGUUCCAUCAUUCACGAAAAAUUCGUUGUGACUGCUGCUCAUUGCGUCGUGGAUUUCUACUCUGUCCAAGUCGCCGUUGGAUCAAACCAUUUAGACCAAGGAGACUUCAUGUCUGUAGACGUGAGAAUCACUCGCAAUUAUGACCACUCCGUAAUAUUCAACGACAUUUGUCUGUUGAAGCUGGUGAAAUCUAUACAGUUUGGGUCUAGGAUGGCUCCAGUGCAGCUGCCUGAGGAUGGGUUUGAGCUGGAUUCUUUUACUCUGGUUAAUGUGACCGGGUGGGGAAAAACUGAAACUAAGGUAUUUUUAUAUUUUGUUAUAAUGAUUUGGCUGAAAUAGCCGGAUAAUCAAUCCAGUAUUUUAUGGGACAUUUAUGUCUGUUAUUAAAAGCGCUUCGAAUAUUAUGACAAACAUAGAAACGACGAAAAGUGUACAUGUUAUUGAAAUUAUGCUUAGACACCAUUGACAUAUAUCUAUGGCCUUACGGGCACUAAGAAUGGUGCUAGUUCAUCGGUGUCACUCACGAAUUCGAGCCAUUAGUGCAGUCUUAACGCAACUAGUUGCGACCA